CCUGCCCCUACUGCACUCCAGGUCAAUUGCCUCCCAGCCCACUCACUCUCCCUUUCCUCUUUCCUCUUUCUUGUCAUCUCAUCUACAAAUUCUGACCGACUCUACACACAACGCAACGCGUCCAUGGGCUUUCUAGAUAAGCUUACAGGUUCGACCAAUCGCCCCACUUCGGGGAGCUAUGGUGGACAAGCUCCACCCAGCUAUGGGCAGCAACAGGGGUAUGGUGGUGGAGGUGGGUAUGGACAACAGCAGCAGCACUAUGGUGGCGCUGGAGGAGGAGGAGGAGGCGGCGGUGCACCUGGAGGUGGAGGAGAUGAUAGGCCGUUGCCGGAGGGAUGGGUGCGGCAGUGGGAUUCGAAUCAGUGAGUUUGAUUAGCCUGGUGGAGCACUCAAGCCGAACCGGAAGAGAUAGGGAGGGCUGAGCCGUAGCUCAUGACUGACACCGCUCUACCUC